AUGACAGUGAAGAUGGGACGCAACUUCACUGAUCCACAGUCACUGUGCACAGGCGUCUCCUUCAAUUGCCGCGAUGGGGCAUCCGACGCCACCCACGUCCCCAGGCGGAUUCUGACCGCCAUCCAGGAGUUCAACAACGGAGAAGUCCGUGAGGCCGCAUCGGUCGCCGUUGAAACACUCCAUUGUACGAACGGCAUCAUGCCGACCCCGGCACAUACGAACACCCAUGGGAAGGGAAAACACCAGAAAAGACAAUCAGACGAUGCACCUCUCCCCGUUCAGUCCUUAUCCUUCCGCCAAUCUCUUCGCAACGUCUCAUCCUGCACGCGCUGUCGCCAGCGCAAAACGCGAUGCGACCAGCAGUUGCCGCAGUGCGGCACCUGCGAGAAGGCCGGCGCUCGAUGCGUUGGUUACGACCCUUUGAUGAAGAGAGAGGUUCCUCGUAGCUAUCUCUACUACUUAGAAGACCGCGUCGAGUACUUCCAGAAUCUCCUCGCCGAACAUGGAGUUUCGUUCGAACCGGGGUCGUCGACCAUGGAGCGAAGCCAGGACGCAGAUCCAAAGGACUCACAUAGGCGUGGAAACAGUAUCGCAUCGACGAGCGGCACUGAGGCCACUGUACGGAGUGCACCAUCUGUGAGCAGAUCACCGAGAGAUGAUCUAGCGGAUACUGGAUCGCAUUUAGAUGUCGAUAUAGUCCGCGAUAAACACGACCCCGGAUGCUGCCCUGCGCAUGAGUUGCUAUUCGCGCUCCAGCCCUCGAAGUCGUUGGCCCAGUCGUUUGUGCUACCUGACAGAGAGCUGGCAGCACAGCUGAUAACUUUCUACUUCGAGCAAGGAUACCCCCAAGUCCCGGCUUUGCAUAAGGGCGAGCUGGCACAACUGCUUAACCAGGCAUACGCUGGGGCCGAGGACAACCACCACUACAACCUUUUCCUCCUCCACAUCGUCUUCGCUAUCGGUGCGCGUAUCAUGCGCGACAGGAAUGUCAGCCUUAGUGAGAAUGAUAGACCGGCAAUCGGAAAGAGAAAGCGAGAUACAGAGACCAAGGUGCAUCUUGCGGAGGAGUAUUACUCUGCCGCUAUUGCCUAUCUGUCUCUAGCUUUUAGUGAGUGCGAUGAUGUAUCCUGUAAACUAGAAGUCAUCGAAGCUGCUGUUCUAAUUGCCCACCUGUCUCUCUUCUAUCCCACUCGGCCUGGUCCGGUUUACCUGGUGGGACUGGCGUUACGCGCUGCUGUGGAUGCCAAGCUCUACGAUGCAGCUGGGCCCAGUCUAACGAGCGCUUCUUGUGAAGGAACCGUAUCCAACCAAGACGGGAAACAGCAAGAUCAGGUCUUACAGCGAUCGCGACGUCUCUGGUGGAGCGCGUACAGUCUGGAUCGUCUUGUCUCGCCCUACACCGGACGCCCCUUCGCCAUCCCAGACCACCUUAUCACCACAGCAUUCCCGUCCAUGCCCGAGGAAAUGGGCGUAUCAUGCCAGGGCAUCUCGCCCUCUAACAAACUCAUGAACUUCCUAACCACGCAUCUUCUCCAGCUGCGACAACUGCAGUCUGAGAUCCACGAAGUCCUACAAUACCACCACGCACAAUCCGUGAGAAGUAACUCCACCGUCGUCCCUUCAACGACUUCUAUACUAUCAUCGCCACUCGACUACUUCGAGUCAUUCCCCUCCUGGAAACGAGACAUCAACCGGCGCCUGGACGAGUGGAAGAGCUGUAUCCCGUCCCGCGAAGAAACAGGAACCUGGGUCCCAAUCGUCCGCCUGGAAUUGGAUUACUGGAAGACUAUCAAUCUUCUAUAUCGACAUGAAGUUAAGGUGCCAUCCGAGCUAGGUCGCCUACUCCCACAAUCUCACCUAAACGCUACACAUCUGGCAACGGGCGAAGGUCUCACCGACGACUUCACCCAUUUCAAGAUUGUCGAGGCCAGCCGCAAGGUUCUUCAGAGUUACCGACUCGUGCACCAUCUGGAUUCAGGGAACUGUACAUUCCUCGCUACGCAUAACAUCUUUCUUGCUGGCACCUUAUUCCUCUUCGCCAUUUGGAACUCAGAAAUGAUCCGCAAUAUCCUCUCACUCGAUGAAAUCGACGGAACCAUCCUCACCGGCACAGCCGUACUGGCUAGCAUGGCCGAUAUACAUCCCCAAGCCCGCGAAUGCCAGGACUCCCUCGAGCGUAUGCGCGUAGCAACCAUGCAGAUGUGUCUAUCAUCCUCAAAGCCCGGCUCCGGAGCCAGCCCGUCCAAGGUCCCCACAGUCGAAGUACCAUCUAGUACAGAGGAUCAGGUACAACUCCAACCAGAGCAGGAUAUACUACGAGGUUUGGGAAAUGCGAAUGCCCUCACGGAGCUCUUCCCGGUUGGAGACAGUAGUGACAUCGCCAACGCCAACGACAACGUGGACAGCAUUGCACCGCUAAUAGAGAGCCAACCACGUUAUUUCAGUAAUAUGGGACUUCCGCAGACGGAUAAGGAUGAGUCUGCGUUUAGCCUUGACUUUCUCGAUAUUGAGCUAUUUCCUGGACGUCUUUCGAAUGAUCAUGGCUCCAUUUUAGGACGAUAA